CGCCGCCGUCCCGCCGCUGCCUCCGCCGCCGCCUCCGGCUCCCUCGGGCCCUGCCCGGCGCAGGGCUGAAAGACAAAUUGCAAGGUCGUGACUCAAGAGAAGGGGGGAAAGCCUGCAUUGCUUCCAAGUGCCCCUCUUCAUCUGUCUACUUUCUAGAAGGCCGAGCUCUUCAACGAAGCUGCUGAUCUCUUUUCGUAGACCUGAGUGAUGUCUCACCCAUCAUGGCUACCGCCCAAGAACUCCAGCGAGCCUGUUGGACAUGUGACGGCACGGAUGGAGACCACCCACGCCUUUGGGACUCCCAGCAUCUCUGUUUCUACUCAGCAGACACCAAAGAAGUUUGCUCCGGUGGUGGCCCCCAAACCCAAGUACAAUCCCUACAGACAGGCCGAAGGGGAUGGUGAUUUCCCUCCACCGCCACCCCCUCCGUCAGAAGACUCUGGGAACCUCCCGCCACCGUCUAGCUCCUUCCCUCCUCCACCUCCUCCCGAUCAAGCCCUUUUCACCGUUGAGGUCAACCCAGGGACCAAGACGCUGGAAGAGAGACGGUCCAGUCUGGAUGCAGAAAUUGACUCCUUGACCAGUAUCCUGGCUGAUUUGGAGAGCAGUUCGCCUUAUAAGCCACGGACUCAACAGGGCUCUGUGGCUUCAGGUGGAUCUCCGGUGGCCACCCCUCCAGCGUCCACACCAGUUACUGGCCACAAGCGCAUGGUUAUUCCCAACCAGCCUCCUCUGACCGCCACCAAGAAAUCAGCUUCCAAGCCGGCUUCUCAGCUGUCUCCGAUCCCCGUGACUCCCGUUGGCACCCUGAGACCUCAGCCGGUUCCAGCUUCUUAUGCCACGGCCUCCACCCCAACCCGACCAACUUUCAACGUGCAGGUGAAAUCGGCUCAGCCCGCCCCGCACUUCCAGCCACCGGCUCCCCAGUACAGCAGUUUAGUCCCGCACCAAGCUCCUCCGCCUCCACCUCUGCCGCCAGCACCCUACGCUCCGUCUCAGCCUCGGGCGCCUGAUUACGGCUACGCGCCCCAACCUGUGCAUUAUCCUGAGCCGAAUUAUGGCUAUGCGCCCCCACCAGGUCGCUACCAAGAGUCCAGCUACCCUGGCGGGCCAAGCUAUGGAGGGCGAAAUGGUACGGAGCCAUCCUAUGUGCCGCAAAACACCUGGAGGCCUGAACCCGUGCCUCCGUUUGGGCAGCACCCCCCAUCAAAUGCUAAAAAAGCUUUUGCCACGGAACCAGGCCCAGCACUUCAGCCAUCUUCCUUGCAACCAAAGGGUGGACAGGCUGGCCCCAAUCCCCCACCGAAUGCUCCUUUAUUCAGACCAGAGGAUGAGCUGGAGCACCUGACCAAGAAGAUGCUGUACGACAUGGAGAACCCGCCUUCGGAUGAAUACUUUGGUCGGUGUGCACGUUGUGGCGAGAAUGUCGUGGGGGAAGGAACCGGCUGCACGGCGAUGGACCAGGUGUUCCAUGUGGAGUGUUUCACCUGCAUGACCUGCGGCAACAAGCUUCGGGGCCAGCCCUUCUACGCGGUGGAGAAGAAAGCCUACUGCGAGCCCUGCUACAUCAAUACUUUGGAGCAAUGCAGCGUCUGUGCCAAGCCCAUCAUGGAACGGAUCCUGCGAGCCACUGGCAAGGCCUACCACCCCCACUGCUUCACUUGCGUGAUGUGCCAGCGUAGCCUGGACGGCAUCCCUUUCACCGUGGAUGCCGCAGGCAACAUCCACUGCAUCGAGGAUUUCCACAGGAAAUUUGCCCCUCGGUGUUCCGUCUGUAAGGAGCCCAUCAUGCCCGCCCAGGGCCAGGAAGAGACUGUCCGAAUCGUGGCCUUAGACCGAGACUUCCAUGUGCAGUGCUACCGGUGUGAGGACUGUGGAGGGCUGUUAUCUGAAGGAGACAAUCAGGGCUGCUACCCUCUGGAUGGCCACAUUCUCUGCAAAACCUGCAACUCAGCCCGGAUCCAAGCCCUCACGGCUAAGGCAAGCACCGACCUCUGAAUGCAUUCAACCUCUGGGAAGAUCUGCACAAUUCUUGCCUCUCACGUGGCUGGAAGGCCUCGGGAUGAGAACGGCAGUCCCCUGAGGGUCUAAUCCCGAGCAGUGAACCCCACAUCACUGUGCCCUCCCAUCUACAUUACAGACGUCACCUGAUUGCAAAGUUUGUUCCUUUCUCUUCAGGGAACCCUGAGGAUAAGGGUCUGAAAAGAAAAUCCUCAGCAAACUGCAAUUCCUAGGAUUCUUUGUGGGAUGCCGCAAAGGUUAAAAUGGUAUAAGAUGGAUAGAAGUUUGUAGUGCAGGUAUAUCCACGGGGGCACCAUUUACUAAUUCAGAAUUUGCCAUCUCCUGGUUUACAGGCUCCAGGGAGGAUCCCUCCUUCUGCCUUGCUCAUCUCCUUCCACUGCCAAUUUAACCACUCCUCAAACAAAAAUCCAUUUUUCUGCCAUAUAAAUUUUUAAUCUGUUAAUAUUUCCAGUCACCGAUAUUUAGAACUUUUUUUCCUCACACAAACCAUCAAGUUCUGAGUUUGUUUGCACACCAGAAAUUACAUUUUAUAUCUAUAGCUAGCCCUUAUAUGAAAAUGUAUUGUAAUAUUUUGCUAGUGCCUUAAAGACAGUUAUAGCAGCGAUAAGGGAUAGAAGCAAUAACAGAGACUUUUUCUGUGUUAAGAAAAGUCUUGGCACGGCCACGCUAAGCCACACGCAAAAUCAUAUUGAUUGCACGCCCGUUGGCCAACGUUGUUGGGAUGGAACCCAAGUGAUUCCACGUCACUUCUACGUGAACGAUCAUUCCAACAGUAGACACACCGCACACUACAGCCAAAGCAAACACUCGCGCUAAUUCAUAACUUGGCAUCUCAGAUCUGACAUUUCACAGCACUCUAUAUCAAUUUUACAAUUAGAUAAUGAGGGAUUUUUAAUAUAUAUACACACAUACAUACACAUAUAUUGAUUGUAAGAUUGGUAGAGAAACUUGUAAAGGUAAUAUACAUUAUGGGACUUGUCCAGUUCAAUAGUUUACUCAUUCCCCCCACCACCACCACCACCAGUGCCUCUUUCUCUUAUCCCUGGUUGGGAAUAUAAAAAAGAGGAUGCAAUAUCAUCCAAUUCUUAAAAGCAAACUUGAAAGAGAAGCAUUUGCUUGGAAUUUUUUUCUACAAGUACAUUUCAGCCCUCACGCAUUCCUCUGAUGCUGAUAGAAGUCAACCAGCAUUUUAUGGCCAGCGGAAGUAAUAUCUGCGAUGCUCACCUAUUAAGGGGCUCUUCAACUAUUUCUGUCUUGGUGCUUUGAGCCCAAACCAGAAGUUGUGAGAAGAGUUAACUGAACAGGAAGGCCCCAUCCUGAGAGGUGCUUUGCGCCUGCAAUUUUUGUGUGGGCUGCAUGCAUCCUUCCAUGUUGCUGCACCCAACACACACACCCCUUCACUUCCCCUAGUCUGCUAUUAAUUCAGCCAGGGGAUCGUUGAGAGUUGUUCUUACAAGAGUGGCUUCUUUGCUAAAGGUAUCCCAAAAAAAUUCCUUUUAUGCAAAGUGCUGGGCUGCGUACCUGAUAGGCACAGGUUGGCAUUGCUUCUGCUUAGAAGGUUCUGACUGGCGUUUUCCAGCCAUACACAUGGCAUUCCUCAGAGACUUGUGGUGAGUUUUCCAGUAAGAACAUGCCAAGGUGGACAAAGUUCUCCAAAAGACUGUUUUCUCACCCCCUCUGCUGAUGUCCUUUGCAACUCUCAUCGACAGAAGUCUCUUGUGUUCAUUGUCAGGUGAAUGCACAGAGGAAUGCAGAAGCCCAACAAGCCAGCCCAGAUGGCACUGGGAACGAACUCUCUGUGCCCCUAGAAUGUGCCCCACAAUCAAUAGGGGGAAGCCUAGCAGAUAAGUUGAUACAGGGCUUCUCUUCUGGGGAAAGAGGUGGUGGAACUCAGUGGUGGAACUCAGGACCGCACA